GGCCGAGAGGCAGUACGUCGCUUCCAGAAAACAUGUAGAGACUGCCGCCGCUGGAAGGCAAAGCCUGCUGUCCCUCAAAUGGCUGAUCUGCCCUUAGCCCGCCUACGCCUGUUUAAACCUGCCUUCCACUCUACAGGCAUCGACUGCUUCGGACCGUUUGAAGUCAAGGUGGGAAGGCGUCUGGAGAAGAGGUGGGGGAUCAUAUUCAAAUGCCUAACCGUCAGAGCGGUUCACCUUGAUCUACUUACCUCCAUCGAUGCCGACUCCUUUCUCAUGGCCCUAAGAAGGUUUAUCGCCCGUAGAGGGACCCCUGCUGAGAUCUAUUCAGACCAGGGGACCAACUUCAAAGCCGGUGACCGAGAGCUACGAGAGGCGUUCGCAGCCAUGUCACCUGAUCUCCAGUCCCUCCUGGCACCCUACAGAAUCAACUUCCACUUCAACCCUCCCGCUGCGCCACACUUUGGAGGAGUGUGGGAGCGAGAGAUUCGCUCAGUGAAGAGUGCCUUGUACACCACUGUAGGUGGUCAACCCCUUCAGGAGGAGGUCCUCCGCACCGUCCUCGUCGAAGUGGAGGCGAUCCUGAACUCCAAACCGUUGGGGUACGUUCCCUCCGACGUCAGUGACCCAGACCCGGUCACUCCCAACUGCCUGCUGAUGGGGCGGCCCGACGGGUCCCUCCCACAAGUAGUCUACCCCAGAGAUGAGCUCCUCAGCCAGCGGAGGUGGAAGCACACUCAGGUGAUGACAGACCACUUCUGGGCUCGCUUCAUCAGACUGUACUUACCUGGGCUUCAGCUCAGACAGAAGUGGCAGUCCUCCUCGGCCGACGUCACAGAAGGCUCUGUGGCAAUGAUCGUCGACCCCCAGCUCCCUAGGGCCAUGUGGCCUAUUGGGCGCAUCGUCAAGGUCCACCCCAGCCUUGAUGGUCACGUCCGGUCCGCGGAUGUGAAGGUCAGAGACCGCACCUACACCCGACCUGUCGCCCGGCUGGUGAUCCUGCCAGCCCUUCCAGUCGGUGAAGAGACUCAUCCAACUUGAGUAGCCUUUUCUUUUUUUUCAAAUGUACCAGGUACAUUUGGGGACGGCUGUAGAAAAGGCUAUGGACAUUCAAUAGUUUUCACUGUUAUUUUUCAUGCACUUCCUUAGUUUAACGAUAGGACUCUUAUUUUGACAUCGCUAGUUUCCGGAAGUGACAUCACGCCUUCCUCCAUCUUUGUUUUAGUUCAGAUGCCAUGAUUCAGUUACACCUAACUCCGGAAAGUUUCCUAAUUUAUCUUCAGCAAUCCUGUGUUUGUGUGCAUAAAUGACCGCAGAUCACACACUCACACCUAUGUGUAAUACAGAUCGAAACCCAUGUAUGAUACAACUUGAAGUCUAAUAGAAGAAGUCAACUGUAAUCAACCGUCUGGCGUCGUCCUUUCAUACCGAACCCCUCAUUCAACAUCUUUCUAGGCUUAAGUAGUGCUCUGGCCGGCACUCCAUGAUUGUGUGUAAUGAAAAUACAGAACGGCGCAACCUCUUAGUUUAAUAUACAGUCCAACCACCUGCUAUCUUCCCUACACUAAGUAAUAAGCAAAUAUU